AUGCCGCGGCCGUGCAGAGAGACGUACGGCGACCAAAAGCCGCCGUACAGUUACAUAUCGCUGACGGCCAUGGCCAUAUGGAGCGCUCCCGAGAAGAAGCUUCCGCUGUCUGACAUCUACAAGUUCAUCAGCGACCGGUUCCCCUAUUACCGGAAGAACACCCAAAGGUGGCAGAACUCGCUGCGGCACAAUCUGUCAUUCAACGACUGUUUCAUGAAGAUUCCCCGGCGACCGAACCAGCCGGGUAAAGGGGCGUACUGGACCCUGCACCCGCACGCCCUAGAUAUGUUCGAGAACGGAUCGUUUCUGCGUCGUCGCAAGAGGUUCAAAUUGCCGGCUGCCGACCGGGCGUUGUUGGAAGCUACGUUCGGCAGGCCGUCGUCGUCAGCCGCCGCCGCCGCUGACUUUGACACUGAUUCGCCGCCACUGCGACCAUUGCCGAUCGGACUUCAGCUGCCGCCGCCACUUCCACCCUACCGGAAUAACAAUAUUGUUAUGUCAGCGGACGGAGCGACGUCGCCGAUCGGCACCGAACAGUCGUUGUCACCGCCGUCGAUCCACACAGCCAUCGGCGGCACCACCGCGGCCGUCGCGACCGCCACAUCAAUGGCCAACCACCUGCACCGGCAGCACAAGCCCAAACCGUUCACCAUCGAGAGCAUCAUCGCCCCGGGCGGCGCCUGCAGACGUCACUCAUCCGACGACGACCAUCAUCACCACGACCGAGACGGCCGCGGUGACGACGAGGCCGUGCUACCGGAUGUCGCACGGUCGUCGUCGUCGCCUACACCACCGCCGCCGUCGCGGACCGAACGACCUCACCGCCGGUAUCCGCCGCCGGUGAGUCUGCUACCGGGACAACCGCUUCACCUAGCCGAACACCACCAGCAGCAGUUCCUCCACAACACCCACCAUCACCAUAACGGCGGUGGCAGCAGCAAUGGAUACGCGGAGUUGUACGCGUACCUAAUCCAACAGCAGUCGUUCGCUGUGGCCACCGCGGCCGCAGCAGCCGCGUCCAGCAUAUUUCCCGGGCCGUCCGCCCCACUGCCGCCGUUCCACUACAUGCCGCACCAUCACGUCACCACCGCGGCCGCCGUCUUGCCACCGUUCCCGCAGCUGGCCAACUUUACAAAUCUACACGACUGCGGUACGGCAAGUGUAAUAUAA